AUGACUCAGCCAAAGCUUCGUCAAACUAAUCCCAAGGAUAAGGGAAAACAUAACAUUAUCUUCAAGUCUAAGAAGGAAUUAGCUAAAGAAGCUCAAAUGGAGAUACAUGAAGAAUUAGCUAAGCAACUGAAGGCUAUGGAAUUAAAGUCUAAACAAGAGGUAAAGGUCAUAAAGCCCACCAAUUCCUUCACACCUCCUUCAGACCUAACUAAAGAAAACUGGGAUAUUCUUGCACCCCUAAAAGGUAUGAAGUUCAAUUUAUGGCCAAGUGCAAUUUAUCCAGUUGAGGUUGAUAUAGAUAUUGAAGAGCUAAAUAAAAGAUUCUUUCUGAAGAAAUCAAUUCAAGUUGUCCCUGUAAGGUCAAAGAUCAAGAUUUCUUCAAUUAUAAAAAUUAAUAUACGAUAA